GCCCCGCUCUUGCAAACCAUAGAGUGCCGGAAAACGUGUGAGCAGAAGGGUCGGGAAGAGAACGCCACGGCGCCGUCGUUUGUGCUAAAAUGACGACUUUAGUGCUUGAUAACGGAGCUUACAAUGCCAAAAUCGGUUACAGCCAUGCAAAUGUCUCGGUUAUUCCUAACUGUCAGUUCAGGUCAAAAACGGCACGACUUAAAACUUUUACUGCUAACCAGAUAGAUGAAAUAAAGGACCCUUCUGGACUCUUUUACAUUCUUCCUUUUCAGAAGGUUGAUUUUUUAGAUACUAAUAUUAUUAUCACAGAACCAUACUUUAACUUCACUUCCAUUCAAGAAUCAAUGAAUGAAAUCCUAUUUGAAGAAUACCAGUUCCAAGCAGUAUUAAGAGUAAAUGCUGGGGCUCUCAGUGCACAUAGAUAUUUCCGAGAUAAUCCUUCUGAAUUAUGCUGUAUCAUAGUAGAUAGUGGAUAUUCCUUUACACAUAUAGUUCCUUAUUGUAGAAGUAAAAAGAAAAAAGAAGCAAUUAUUCGGAUAAAUGUGGGAGGAAAACUCCUAACCAAUCAUCUAAAGGAGAUCAUAUCUUACAGACAGCUGCACGUUAUGGAUGAAACACAUGUGAUUAAUCAAGUGAAAGAAGAUGUAUGCUAUGUGUCUCAGGAUUUUUAUAAAGACAUGGAUAUCGCAAAGUUGAAAGGAGAAGAAAAUACAGUAAUGAUAGACUAUGUUUUGCCUGACUUCAGUACAAUUAAAAAGGGCUUUUGUAAGCCAAGGGAAGAGAUGGUGUUAAGUGGAAAAUAUAAAUCUGGGGAACAGAUUCUUCGUCUGGCCAAUGAGAGAUUUGCUGUUCCAGAAAUCCUCUUUAAUCCUUCUGAUAUAGGCAUUCAAGAAAUGGGAAUUCCAGAAGCUAUUGUCUAUUCAAUUCAGAACUUACCUGAAGAAAUGCAGCCGCAUUUUUUUAAGAACAUUGUUUUGACAGGAGGAAAUUCCCUUUUCCCAGGAUUUAGAGAUCGAGUUUACUCAGAAGUUCGAUGUCUCACUCCAACAGAUUAUGAUGUUUCUGUUGUGCUGCCUGAAAACCCUAUUACUUAUGCCUGGGAAGGUGGAAAAUUGAUAUCAGAGAAUGACGACUUUGAAGAUAUGGUAGUAACAAGAGAAGAUUAUGAAGAAAAUGGACAUAGCGUCUGUGAAGAGAAAUUUGAUAUUUAAGAAACAUUUCUGAAUGAAAGUUUUGACUGGUUGUGACAGAAAGGUUUAAUUUCAGUGUGCUUUUUAAAAAAGGUUAAGGACCUGUGUUACCUUUCAUCCUAAGAUAAAAUCUUAAACUUAUGUAAAUACUUUGAUCCAUGGCUAAUUUUCAAAGGUUUCUUAGCUAGGUUAUUAAUUAAACUGUAACUCAGCCCAUAUUUUCAUUUAGGAGCUAGACUACUAUAACAAUGCUUGUGUUGUUUCUGAGAGUAGGUUAUCUUUCAUUAGAAGGUGAAAGAGUGAAUGUAUGUUAAGUUUAAUUCUUCAUAGUUGAAAGCGCAAACUUAACUGUCUGACUGGUCAGUUUUCCUUAGAAGGUAGUUGUGUGUGACUAUGACUAAGACUUGGCCAAAGUGUUUUCUAGCUGAUAUGAUUUCUCUCUCUCUUUCAGAACUAAUUAGUUUAUUUUAAAAUUGUCAUAAGGUUGGAAGGACU